AUGUCUCCCGACACAGAUCCGACACAGGCAGUCGACGGGCUGGUCGGCGCCCUGAAGAACCUCACGACGGAUCCAAAUUAUAUGAUGUUGACGAACUUCUACGACGAGGCCAUGACACUCCGCGAACAAAACCACCAGCUUUCCAUCUCCCACCGCCAGAUACUGGAAGAGUAUCGAGCAUUCCGCAAUGAGCUCGAAGCACACCAAACCCAACUUGUGGAAAGCAAAGCGGCUCUUCAGAAGAUGUUGGAAGAACGGGAUGCCAAGGUGGCCGCUCUUGACGAAGCCAACAAAACUCUCGAAACAGCAGUAGAGGACAAGGAAAAGACCCUGUCCGAGCUACAAGAGCUGAAGAGUAAGCUCGAGAAAGACGCCGAGGCCGCAAUCUCGCAGCUUGAGGAAGAGAAGAAGAAGAUCGAUGCGAUGGCGAGUGAGGCCGAAGGAUUGAAGACGACUGUGGCAGGCCUCAGCACCGAGUUAGCCAGGUCAAAGGAAGAGGCAAAGGCAGUCGAGGACAAAGAGCGCGAGACAAGUUCCCGAAUGCAGAUACUGCAAACAACCGUGGAUACUAUUGCGAAAGAACUGCAGAUAAAAUCUGAGCAGUUGGCCAAAAAUGAGCAAUACCGGGUUGUCUUGGUCGAUGAACCGGAGGACAAAUAUGUAUCGAUCCUCGACAACAUCUGGACAUCUGUCAUCCAUUUGGUUGAAACGCACCUCAAGCAGGACUUGGAUGAGAAGGUCCUGUCGGAUUCUUCCUGCUGGAAAUCACUUCAGGAGUCUCCAUAUCUCAAAGGCGCAACCCAAAUACCCCUACCACGAUCCAAUUCUCUCGCUGCGAAAAGAAUGCGAGUGGCCGCAGUUCUUGCCGUCCUCUCGAGGGCACUCGACCGACAUAUUUUCCGCCCGAUUUAUCUCAUGGACGAUGCCGACAGUGUCGGCGCAGAAGUUGGACUGGCGCGCUUGCUUCGUGAGGUUGAAGCACUGGAUCCGGAACGAGAGGUGCAUUGUCGAGCCACAUUGCUCGCCGCGUUGCCAGAAGAGCGACAGAGAGCCAGUGCAAAACGCCGAGCACAGCAAGCAGUGAGGGACGUGCAGUGGGUUGUCCAGCACCUCCUUGGCGCAUUGCAAUACGGUGCCUUUUGCGCUGCACUCGAAUCGGUCUGCACUUUGGCAUGUACCAAGUGGAUGGAGAUUCAGAAAGCUCGCAUGAAGAUUGAGCCAUAUUUCGGCCAGCCAUAUGACGACUACGACUGGCAGGUACUGCCUCUCCUUGAGGGCGAGAGUGAAGGUGCUACUGGCUCUGCUGGUGCCCUGACUCCACCGCGAUCAAACGCACCUUCAGCACACGGAAGUCCGCAUCAGGGACCGCAGGUGAUGGCCAGCGAGCCUGACCCGAGCGAUGCUCCAGCAGUAUCCACGGCCGAGGACUCGGCUGUUAUUGAAGACGACGAGUCCGACGCUGAGAUAGAACCAGACAAUAUCUUACUUGUUGUCUGGCCCACUAUGUGCGCCAUCGAGGAAGGUGACCUGUCCUCAAUCACCCAAGGACUUGUCAUUUCCAAGGAGCAGGCGCGGGACGCGCAGAGCGAAGUCAAAACACGUCAAGUACCGCGUCCUGCACAGAAGAGAGCCCGCACAAUGUCCGUCCCAGGACAUGUGGCUGGCGUCAGUGCUGGUAAAGCUUUUUUAGGAGCUGGAGAGGGAGCAUCGAAGGAUGGCUGA